CUAAGUGCCGAGGUCUGGAAGUUAGCAUUGUUCUCAUCUGUUGCUGCUGCUGUUCCUGUCCCAGGGGUAGCGCUGCUCUGUGACACGGGUAUAUUGAGUAGAAACCUGCCCUUUUAUUACAAAUGUUUUGGAUUGGAUGAGGAAUCCCUCAAAACAAUAUCGGCUGAUGUUCAGAAGCCACUGGAGGAUUUGAAAGCCCAAAUGCGAUCACCCCAAGCGACCUACAUAAACAUUCCCCUUCUGUACAAGUUCCUGUCCAGCGGUCCUGGAAUGGGACUGAUGGCCGGAGAGUUUCUGAUCCACAGAGUUCCCAUUUUCGGCUCCGUUGCUGCGGGAGGAAUUGCGUUCACUGUCGCUAAGAGGAUCCUGACCGGUCUCAUCCACUCUCUGGCUGCAGAUGCGGAGAAGAUCCUGCACUGGGUGAUCCAAUCCCAGGUUGGAUAAUGGGACAUAGACAGAGGAGGGGGUCUGGGCACACGGAGUCACUGCAAUUCGACAGCCCUCAGUCUCUUACACAUCACAACGCCCUCCCCUCGAUCACCGCGUUCUCUGUGGGUUACGCUCUGCUGGGGGACAAUUCCUUUCCAUUCUUUCUUAGCAGCUCUGUGUCACUGAUUACACCACUGUGUUUAUUAUCCAUCCCUGGUCGCCCUGGAGAAGGUGAACGUGAGCUGCCUCCUCCAACCCACUCCCCAUCCUGACUUGGAAAUAUAUCACCGUUCCUUCACUGUCACUGGGUCAGAAUCCUGGAAUUCCCUCC